CCGGGGGCGGGGCCGGAAGUGGCGUCACGCGAGCGUCCGUGAGGCGGAGGGGCCGCGGUGAGGCGGGAGCGGCGGCGGCGGCAUCUCCGUGCCACAGCCAUGGCCACAGACUGGCUGGGCAGCAUCGUGUCCAUUAACUGUGGGGAGAGCUUGGGAGUGUACCAGGGCAGGGUGUCUGCUGUGGAUCAGGUCAGCCAGACCAUCUCCCUGACACGGCCCUUCCACAACGGUGUCAAAUGCCUCGUGCCAGAGGUCACCUUCAGGGCAGGUGACAUCACCGAGCUGAAGAUCCUGGAGAUCCCAGGGCCAGGGGACAGCAGGCAAUGCGGGGACUCGCAGCACAUGGACACGGCCAUGCCAGGGGUGGGCUGCCAGGUGGGGCCCAGCCAGAAUGGCACUGGCAAGGUGCUGAAGAAGCCCAUGUCCAGCAGUGCCCCACAGAACAUCCCCAGGAGGACAGACAUGAAGAGCCAGGACAUUGUCAUCUCCCCACAGCAGCAGUGCUCCAAGAGCUACAUGGAUCGACACAUGGAAACGCUGAGCCAGUCCAAAGGCUUCCGGAGGAGGCACAACUCCUGGUCAUCCAGCAGCCGCCACCCCAACCAGGUGACCCCGAAAAAGAGCGGCCUGAAGAACGGCCAGAUGAAGAGCAAGGAUGACGAAUGCUUUGGGGAUGACAUUGAUGAAAUCCCAGACACUGAUUUCGAUUUUGAGGGCAACCUGGCCCUUUUUGACAAGGCAGCUGUGUUUGAAGAGAUCGAAACUUACGAGAGGAGGAGCGGCACCCGCUCCCGAGGGACCCCCAACGAGAAACCCGCCCGCUACCGGCACGACGAGAACAUCCUGGAGUCAGAGCCCAUCGUCUACAGGAGGAUUGUGGUACCCCAGAACCCCCACAAGGAGUUCUGCACGGACUCGGGGCUGGUGGUCCCCAGCGUGUCCUACGAGCUGCACAAGAAGCUGCUGGCGGUGGCCGAGAAGCACGGGCUGACCCUGGAGAGGAGGCUGGAGAUGACAGGGGUGUGUGCCAGCCAGAUGGCCCUGAGCCUCCUGGGGGGGCCCAACAGACUGAACCCCAAGAACGUGCACCAGCGGCCCACGGUGGCGCUGCUCUGCGGCCCCCACGUGAAGGGGGCGCAGGGCAUCAGCUGCGGGCGGCACCUCUCCAACCACGACGUCCACGUCAUCCUCUUCCUCCCCAACUUCGUCAAGAUGCUGGAGUCCAUCACCAACGAGCUCAACCUCUUCAGCAAGACACAGGGCCAGCAGGUGUCCAGUGUCAAAGACCUCCCAGACACCCCGGUUGACUUAGUCAUCAACUGCCUGGAUUGUCACGAGAAUGCCUUUCUGAGAGACCAGCCUUGGUACAAAGCAGUGGUGGACUGGGCCAACCAGAACCGUGCCCCCGUGCUGAGCAUAGAUCCCCCCAUCAGCGAGAUGGAGCUGGGCAUCGACGCCAAGUGGUCGCUGGCCCUGGGGCUGCCGCUGCCGCUGGGCGAGCGCGCCGGCCGCGUCUACCUCUGUGACAUUGGCAUCCCCCAGAAGGUCUUCCAGGAGGUGGGCAUCAACUACCACUCCCCCUUUGGCUGCAAAUUUGUCAUCCCCCUGCACUCCACUUAGAGCCCGUGCAGCCCCCCCUGGCUCUGAAGGGAGAGAGGAGGAGCUCUGUGAAAGCCGAGCUGUGCUGCGCUGGAUCUCGGCUGGGCGACUCUGGUGGCGCCUUAAAGAAAAAAAAAAAACAAAAGGAUGUGAAGUUCUGGAAGGUUUGCCUUCGUGUAUUUAAAAAGAAAAAAAUGGAAUAAUCGUAAAAUGAAAUGAAAAAAAAAAACCCCACAAACAAAAAAAAAGGAGGAGGAGGAGGAGGAGGAAGCAAAUUGUUCCUGCAAAGCUGUUUUCGUUCUCUCCUGCCGUGGGAUGAAGGAGCGUGCAGGACCAUGGUGUCUGUCCCCUGCUACUGCCAAGCCCUGGCUGGCACAUGGUACAAAUAAGGCUGGUUUGGAGCUUUGAGAUGUGUUUCGGGUCCUUCUGGUUGACUAUUCCCAGCAAGGACAUCCUGGUGGGAACAGCACCCCUUGAUUGUGUAGAAAUCCCUUAUGUGGAGGGAAAAUCUCGUUUGGUUCCCAUGUUUUUUCAGACUGCCCCAUCCUUGUUUUGUGUUCUGGAAGGCAAUUGUAGCUCCCUCUCCUUCCCAGCCCGUCCAGCCUCUCACAGAGAGGGCUUUUCCCUGUUUGGAGAGCUUGUGUCAGGAGCCAGAGGCUCCCACAUGCUCUGGGAGCACUGAUGUCCUUCCUCAGCUAAGCCUUACUGCUUCUGUACUGUUGGCUUUUCUUUGUUCCCUUUGUGGCCGAAGCCCAGCUCCGUGGGGUGGAGGCCUGGUAUGGAAAAGAACUUUUCCAGCAUCCUCGGGGGGUUUGGGGUUGUUUUCUUUGGUUCUUUCUCUGUGCUAGCCUGGCAAGUGGCUGCUCCAGGGCUGGGGGAGUGGAGCAGGGCAGGGCAGGGUUGCUCUGGGCUUGCUGGGUGCUGUGUGCUGCAGGUGAGCUUCGGGGUAAGCUCCCCUGUCCUUCCACCAUCCCUGGUACAUUUGGUAUGGUUUGGGAAGUAGCUCAUGGGUCUCUUCAUCUGUUGGAAUCAAAGCCUGUGUAUGGGGUGGCCUUGGCCUGAGGAGGGGUCUGGCUCCUGUCUGCUGGCAGGAGAGAGCGUGCUGGGAGCUGCUGUGCUCCUGGAUUCCCUGGGUGGGAUUCCCCUCAGAAAUCUGCUCUGCUGUUCCAUGUCUGGCCAGAAAUGUUGACUUAUCCUUUCCUGUGUUCCUUUUGUUGGCCUGGGUGCAGGGACAAGCUGAGGAGCCACCAGCUCGCUGGCUUUGGCAAUCAACUUGGGCACCCACCCACCCUGCUGGCUCUGUGUGCCCCCAGAGCCCAGCCAGGGAGCUGGAGCUGGGAGUGUGGGCAGUGCUGGGAGCUCUGCUGCUCCUCUCACACUUCACCCAUCCCCAGGGCUCCUGCAGGCUCCUCCAGCUCGCCCAGCUCUGCUCUGGCACUGGGGAGAGCUCUGUGUGCUGCCUCUGUGCAGGGGAGCCGCAUCCCUUUUGAGGCUGAAGCACAGGGACCAGUCUGGAGUGGGACCAGUCCCGUUCACCAGCCCCACAGACCCGCGUGUGCCCCGAGCUGGGGCUUUAGUCUGGCACUCAUCUUUCCUUCCCUCUGUUAGAACCCAGGCCAGGGCUGCCAGAGGAGGAGGGAAGAGCCCUCCCUGCUCGGAAGGAAGCGAUUACUGGGUCUAGCCUGGGAGUGUGGAGGGCCCAGGAGGCUGCUGAGCCCUGGGCUCACCCUGUGGUCUGGCCCCUGCACAUUGCCAUAUCUACCUCAGCAGGACCAGGGGCUGUGCCCUGACUGGCUGCAGCCCUGGUUCCCCUCAGCUGCUCUCAGACACUGCUGGCCUGGGGGGCUCUGCCCUCCAUCCUGGGCACAGGGCCACGUGUGCCCCACGCUUCAGCCCCAGCUGCGGUGGCACCGACCAGGCUGUGCUUCUGACUGGGACAGGACAGCAGUGUGGUGGGUACUCACAACACAAACACAAGGUUUCCCUCUGCCUUUUUUGGUUUUUUGGCUGUUUCCUCGGGUCUUCGCCCAGGAGCAGCAGCAGGUUGAAAAGGUUGUUGCUGUAGUCAGUGUUAGCUUUAGUCCCCUUCCUUUCACUCUCUUUACUCAAGACACUCAGUAGGAGACUUGCUGUUUCAAUUUCUGCUUUCUGCAGGUUUUUCCUGCUCUUUCUGGGUUUGGCUGUUGAACUGUGGCUUGUACACACAGAGCAGGAGCAGGGCAGGGAUAGUCCAGGGUGCAGCUGCCCUGCCUUGAAGGCACUGGGGCAGAUGAUGGUGUUUCUGCAGGGAUGGAGCUCUGGGAAGCACCAAGGCCCUGGUUCUUGCCAGCCUUGAAAUGCUUCCCCACGUUGAACUAUGAAAAUAAAGCGAACAGCGUUGCACAGCAGGGGGAGGUUCAGCCCCAAGUAUAGGGAAUGUGGGGCUGUGCUCACUGCCUGCUAGAUUUGGGUGUUUGGCUGUACUUCCCCUCACUGCAGCUGUUUCUUGGCUUCACACAUUUGGAAUGUGAGGUACCAGUUCUGCUGGAGCGCUCAGAGACCCAGCACGGGCUCUGGCUGUCCUCAUCACCACCCCCCACGGUGCCAGAGUUAAUUCCAAGAAGGGAGCACUGUCGUAGCUGUGUUUGGGAUAGUUCCUACCCCCACCUGCCCCAGCAGCACAGCAGCUGCCCCUGGGUGCUGCUCUGGGCCUGCUCUGGUGACAGGUGAUGAUCACUGCGCCGUGGCACUGCUUGGUGACCCCAUUUGUGAACUGAUGUGUGUAACGACCAAUUCCUGCCACUGCGGGGGACCAUGCCCUGAAAUAAAGUGCAGCUCUUCAUGUGUGC